CGGCGAUUUUGGUUUGUUUACAUAAAACGGACCUAAACCGAGAGCACAAGGGCCACAAAGGAACAAAUUAGACAAAAAGACAUGUCUUAAUGUAUUUCAUACCUAUUGCGCCCAGCUGUGGAGAACGUCCUCAUUCAUGCCCCAGACAGUUGAAGCAUGCUGGUAGUAACGUUAGUAUGCAGCCCAACAUAAUCAGAAGAGAUGCCGGAGUCUGGCAUCAAACGAAAAGCCUGCUUUACAAGAAUCUUCUCAUCAAAUGGAGGACUAAACAACAGAGUCUGCAGGAGUUGAUCCUGCCGCUGCUGCUGCUGUGCCUGCUGAUUCUGAUCAGCACCCUGAACCCACAUGUCUACUACGGAGGCAUCAGUACCAUGGAGCUGGAGAGGGAGGACUACCACUUACUCAAGGGCCUGGGAUACACCCCCAUUAACAAUGCCACCAAUCACAUCAUGGAGGAGGUGGCCCAGGAAAUGCACUUGCAGGAUCGCCUGGAGAUGUUCUCUAGUGAAGAGGAUCUGGAGAAUGCCAGUCUUUAUGAGCCCUCAGGCUACGUUGGGGUGGUCUUCAUGGGCAGCACACCCACCUCUUACAGGUUGCGCUUCCCUUACAACCAUCUGCCCCUGCCCAGUGACUACACUGAAUCUAUUGCCAACUGUUUUGCCAGCUCAGUGAACUGCAGAGCAGCUAAUUACUGGUACUCUGGCUUCAUCCGCCUCCAGACUCUCAUCGACGCCGCCAUCAUACAGAUGCAGACCAAGCGGUCAGUAUGGAGUGAGAUGGACCACCUGCGUGUGGUGAUGAUGGGCCAGCCAGGGUCAGUGGAGGUCCAAAAGUUUCCCCACGCUCUCAUCUCCAUCUACCUGGUGCUGGCUUUCACACCCUUCAUCACCUUCCUCAUCGUCAACGUGGCAGCAGAGAAGGAACACAGGCUCAAAGACACCAUGACCAUGAUGGGCCUCUACGACUCUGCCUUCUGGCUAUCGUGGGGCCUGCUGUAUGCAGCUCUGGUCACCACCAUGUCCAUCCUCAUGUCCAUCAUCGCUACCUAUACAGCUCUCUUCCCCAACAGUGACUUCAUCGUCAUCUUCCUUCUCAUCUUCCUCUACGGCAUCUCCUCUAUCUUCUUCUCCUUCAUGCUGACCCCUCUGUUUAAGAAGCCUAAGUUUGCCAGCACGGUGGGCUCAAUGCUGACUGUGGUGUUCGGCUGCCUGUCCCUGUUCACUGUCCUGAUGAAGGACUUCCCCCAGCCGCUGGUCUGGGUUCUUUGUCUGCUGUCCCCCAGCGCAUUCUCCAUCGGCAUUGCCCAGGUGGUGUACCUGGAGGCCCAGGGGGACGGAGCUGUGUUCGCUACCCUGGCCAACGGCCCCCAUCCCCUCUACGCCCCCCUUCUCAUGCUCGUCCUGGACUGUAUACUCUACCUGCUGCUGGCUGUCUACCUGGACCAGGUCCUACCAGGUGAGUUUGGCAUGCGGCGCUCCCUGGUAUACUUCAUGAAGCCAUCCUAUUGGUCCAAGCGCAGUAAGCGCUACGUCGAGGUGAGCUCUGUGUACGAGACAGAGGUGAACGGGGCCACAGGAGUGAAUGAGACUGUGGAGCCCGUCUCUCCGGAAUUCAGGGGGAAAGAGGCCAUCCGCAUUAACAACAUCCGCAAGGUGUACAAAGAGAAGGACAGCAUCGUGGAAGCUCUGAGGGGCUUGACCUUUGACAUCUAUGAAGGUCAGAUCACAGCCCUCCUGGGCCACAGCGGAGCAGGGAAGUCCACUCUGAUGAACAUCCUGUGUGGGAUCUGUCCCCCGACUGACGGCCACGCCUCCAUCUAUGGCUCCCCUGUGGCAGAGAUCGCUGAGGGGGCAGAGAUGAGGCAGCUGGUGGGCAUCUGCCCUCAGUUCAACAUCAUCUUUGACGUGCUCACUGUAGAAGAGCACCUGAGGAUAUUUGCUGCCAUUAAAGGGAUUCUGCCCUCUGACAUUGACAAUGAGGUGUCCAAGGUGCUGAAGGAUCUAGACCUGGAGAAGAUCAUGGACGCCCAGGCUAAGAACCUGAGUGGAGGCCAGAAGAGGAAAUUGUCUGUGGGCAUAGCCAUCCUGGGAGACCCCAAGAUCCUGCUCCUGGAUGAGCCUACUGCUGGUAUGGACCCCUGUUCCAGACACCAGGUGUGGUCUCUGCUGAAGAGUCGCAGAGCAGGCAGAGUCACGGUGCUCAGCACUCAUUACAUGGACGAGGCAGACAUACUCGCUGACCGCAAAGCUGUGAUCUCUCAGGGCCAACUUAAGUGUGUUGGUUCUUCCCUAUAUCUCAAGACCAAGUGUGGAGUAGGAUACCACCUCAGAAUGUCUAUUGGUGGACGGUGUGAGGUGGAUGGUGUCACAUCAUUGGUCAAGCACCACGUCCCCAAGGCGCAGUUGUCACGGCAACAAGAGGCUGAGCUGACAUUCACCCUCCCUUUCGAAAGCAUGGACACCUUUUCAGGAUUGUUCUCAGAACUAGACUGCAGGCCAGACCUGGGCAUCAUCAACUACGGGGUGUCCAUGACAACGCUGGAGGAUGUGUUUCUUCGUCUGGAGGCUGAGGCUGAGGUGGACCAGGCUGACUACAGUGUGUUCAACCAGGAGCAGGUUGAGGAUGAGGGUGAUGCAUCCUCUCUGGACGACACUGACCAAAGACUACUGACCUUCUCUGACAGCAAGCCAGAGGCGGUCCAGGGCCAUGCUCUGUGGAGACAGCAGUUCAGCACCGUGGCCUGGCUACACAUGCUCAACAUGCAGAGAGAGAGGAAGGCCUUUGUCUACACUCUGGCAUUGUUCCUGGUCUUCCUAGCUGCUGUGCUAGUAUUGUCUCUGGCUACGGGGAACAUCCAGAUCCACGCUCCAGAACGGCAGUUUCUCCCCAUCUACCUGCUGAGACCGAACCAGGCUCCCCGGAAAUACACCACCAGUCUACUGGUCCAGAACUCAUCAGGCUCGGAUAUCUCCGACUUCAUCCGUAACCUGGAAUCUCAGGACAUCAAGGUGGAGAUGAUGAAGAACACAGACUACAUGUCCUGUGCUCCUCACAGUGCAGCCAUCAACGUCACCGGAUCCAACAAGGGUUUCAGAUACAGUGUAGCAUUCAACAGUACUACCGUCCACUCUUUGCCCAUGACAGUCAACGUCCUCAGUAACGCCAUCCUACGAGGUCUCAACGGCACACAACGCAUCCACACCUGGACCAAGCCCUUCGACUAUCAAAUUCCCGACGCCACGUCAUAUGCUCUGGUCUACAUUGAGGCUAUCAUACUGGGGAUGCUAGCUGCAGGCAUGCCUGCCUACUUCGCCAUGGACCACACCCGAGACAGAGAGAUAAAGUGCCGUUCAACGCUGCGUAUCUCUGGCCUGGUCCCGUCUGCGUACUGGUGUGGUCAGGCUGCAGUGGACAUCCCCUUCUACUACCUCAUACUGACCACCAUGACCAGCAUCCUCUUCUCCUUCCAUACUGCCAACCUGCUUACCUCUAGCAACGUCACCGCAGUGAUCCUGUGUCUCAUAGGUUUUGGUCCAGCUAUGAUCCUGUUCGCCUAUGUGGUGUCUUUCAUGUUCACACGCGUCCAGAGUAACAGAGACUUCUUCUCUGUGGUCUCCAUGAUGGUGUGUGUGGUGUCUGCCUCCAUCGUCCAGCUGUCAUUUGUAAACGACAACCCCGGGCUGACGAGGAUCCUCCACAAUACACUAUGUUUCUUCAACCCUCUCUACCCCUUAAUGGGCUGCCUUAAUUCUAUCACCAAGGCCACCUUCCUGCCCUCCCUCUAUGAAGAGGACUUCCUCUGGAAGAACCUGCUCAUUGCUGUCCUAUCUCCCUAUCUGCAGUGCAUCCUGCUGCUGUUCAUGCUGCGCUGGUUGGAGAUCCGCUACGGAGGGAGGACCAUGAAGAAUGACCAGUUCUGCAGGAUCUCUUCCAAUACUAAGGCUAAAGUGGAGCGUAACCCAGAGGAGGGGAUCAACGAGGAUGAAGAUGUUCAGAUGGAAAAGGCUCGGGUGAAGGAGGCCCUCACCUGCCAGUGCUGUGAGGAGAAACCAGUAGUGGUGGUGAGUAACUUGAGGAAGCAGUAUAAAUGUCCAAGGGAAGGAAUCUCUCUCAAGAAGAGGAGGACGGUAGCCACCAAGAAUAUCUCCUUCUGUGUACGCAAAGGUGAGGUGCUUGGACUGCUGGGGCCCAACGGAGCAGGGAAAAGCACCAUCAUGCAUAUGUUGUCUGGAGACACAGUCCCAACCGCUGGACAGGUCCUGAUGGGGGACUACAGUACAGAGUUCCGUCCAGUAGACAACCCCCUGGAGCAUAUAGGCUACUGUCCCCAGGUCAGCCCUUUGUGGCCCCGCAUCACCCUGGAGGAACACCUGGAGAUCUACGCUGCCAUCAAGGGCCUCUGCGGACAGGACGUCCCUGGCAUCAUCACACGUGUGGUGAAUGCUCUGGAGCUGAAGGGCCACCUCCACAAGCAGGCCAAAAACCUCUCAGCUGGGAUCAAGAGGAAGUUGUGCUUUGCUCUCAGCAUGUUGGGGAACCCUCAGAUAGUUCUGCUGGACGAGCCUUCUACAGGGAUGGACCCCAAGUCCAAACAACGCAUGUGGAGGGCUAUCCGGGCAGCGUUUAAGAACCGCCAGCGUGGGGCCAUUCUGACCACUCACUACAUGGAGGAGGCUGAGGCUGUGUGUGACCGCGUGGCCAUCAUGGUGUCAGGGCAGCUCAGGUGUAUUGGGUCUAUUCAGCACCUGAAGGGGAAGUAUGGGCGUGGCUACAGCCUGGAAUUGAAGCUGAGAGAGGAGCUGACGGGGCUCCAACAAGUGGCACUGCUCCACAAGGAGAUCCGUCGAAUCUUCCCUCACGCUGCAAGACAGGAGAGCUUUGCCACCCUGAUGGUUUACAAGAUCCCCAUGGAGGAUGUCAAGUCACUGGCCAAGUCCUUCUCUCAGCUAGAGAGUGCUAAGCAAACCUUCAACUUUGAAGAGUACAACUUUUCACAAUCAACCUUAGAGCAGGUCUUCAUGGAGUUUGCUAAGGAGCAGGAGAACGAGGAGGAAGAGGUGGGUUCCCUCAGCACCACGUUCCAGUGGCAGCGGCUCCGCCAGGACGGCCCUGUGCCUGUCAACCACGCAGACAGCAUUGUGCACCAGCUCUGAGCUCCACUGGGGUGGGGGGCUGUCUGUGGCCGGCACAGUCUCUGGGCUCCCAUUCUCCCUGCCUACAUGGCACUAACCUCGUCCCCAGCCUAAAGAGGCUGGAAUCGAGUUUACUAUGGCACAGGCUAUGCCAGCCCUGGCAAUGCACUCACCCCUCACCUCACGGCUAACACCACCACCCACCACCAGCCCAAACUAAUAGGACAAGAUGGGCGUCACAGGACGGAUGGAUGCCCGUAUGGACAUGGCCCUAGAGGGCUAGCAACUGUACACUCACACCGGAACUGUGUGUGUUUGGGAUGGGAAGUCUCUCUGGGGCUGAGGUGUCUGAGUUGUCCGAACUACUGUGUGUUUUCUGACCUUUGCACUGACUAACCAAGGGGCCUGCUCCACUCCACCCAACCAGAAUCUCCCUCCUCUGAUGACGCACUGAUACGACUAAUACCUACUACGGUUUUUUAAUAGGUUUUAUUUUAUUUUUUAUCUGAAUUCACAGCAAGUUUGUAUAUAUGGAUAUAUAUAUUUAAGCAAUAAGGCCCGAGGAGGUGUGGUAUAUGGCCAAUAUACCACGGCUAAGGGCUAUUCUUGUGCACAACGCAACGCGGAGUACCUGGACACAGCCCUUAGCCAUGGUAUAAUUGCCAUAUACCACAAAACUCGAGGAGCCUUAUUGCUAUUAUAAACUGGUUACCAACAUAAUUAGUGCAGUAAAAAAUAAAUGUUUUGUCAUACCUGUGGUAUACGGUCUGAUAUACCACAGCUGUCAGCCAGUCAGCAUUCAGGGCUCGAACCACCCAGUUUAUAAAUAUAGAUCGUCUUAUAUAUAUACUACAGUUCAAAAGUUUGGGGUCACUGAGAAAUGUCCUUGCUUUUGAAAGAAAACCUAGGCAGAGUUCCUCUGUCGAGUGUCUGUGUUCUUUUGCCCAUCUUAAUCUUUCAUUUUUAUUGGCCAGAUAUGUUUUUUUCUUUGCAACUCUGCCUAGAAGCCAGCAUCCCGGGGUCGCCUCUUCACUGUUGAUGUUGAGACUGGUGUUUUGCGGGUACUAUUUAAUGAAGCUGCCAGUUGAGGACUUGUGAGUUGUCUGUUUCUCAAACUAGACACUCUAAUGUACUUGUCCUCUUGCUGAGUUGUGCACCGGGGCCUCCCACUCCUCUUUCUGUUCUGGGUAGAGCCAGUUUGCGCUGUUCUGUGAAGGGAGUAGUACACAGCGUUGUAUGAGAUCUUCAGUUUCUUGACAGUUUCUCGCAUGGAAUAGCCUUCUUUUCUCAGAACAAGAAUUGACUGAUAAAUUUCAGAAGUUAUUUGUUUCUGGCCAUUUUGAGUCUGUAAUCGAACCCACAAAUGCUGAUGCUCCAGAUACUCAACUAGUCUAAAGGCCGGUUUUAUUGCUUCCUUAAUCAGCACAACCGUUUUCAGCUGUGCUAAAAUAAUAGCAAAGGGGUUUUCUAAUGAUCAAUUAGCCUUUUAAAAUGAUAAACUUGGAUUAGCUAACACAACGUGCCAUUGGAACACAGGAGUGAUUGUUGCUGAUAAUGGGUCUUUGUAAGCCUAUGUAGAUAUUCCAUAAAAAAUCUGCCGUUUCCAGCUACAAUACUCAUUUACAACAUUAACAAUGUCUACACUGUAUUUCUGAUCAAUUUGAUGUUAUUUUAACGGACAAAAUAUUUGCUUUUCCAUCAAAAACAAGGACAUUUCUAAGUGACCCCUAACUUUUGAACUGUUAUUUAUAUAUAUAUAGUAUUUAUUGAUUCCUUUUACUUUCCAUCCUUUUCCCUACCUGGGGUACCCUCGUCCCUAGGCAAAUUGGAAGUGUCUAGUGAACAAGAUUAUCCAUGGGGAAUCAGUGCAAGUGUGUUUGCUCGUGUCUUCCACUGUGUUUGUGAAACUGUGUGUGUUUUAUAGCAACACCAGUCCAGUUCUGGCUCUAGAUCCACUAGAACCAAAGCAUUACAUCCCUAUUUACUCACACACUCCUAACCUAACACGUUGACACUAAGGUGCUUUCAGCGUCUGUAGCAUGAUAUGGACAAUUUGUGUCGUAGUUGUGUCGGUUGCUUGUUCUGGACGUGUGAGUACAGAUAAACUACUGACAGAUCAACUGACAGAUCUCCAGUACAGACAGAGUUACUGGCAGAUGGAGUGGCCUUUUUUUGUUGCAAAAGAGGAAACCCAGCCGAACUGGAGCUCCAGUCCCUCUCCUCCCCUGCAUCGCCCUCUGGUGGGUGUGAAGAAAAUCACACCUCACUCUGCCUCUGCCUCUUCUGCACUAAGGGUUUGCUGCUGUUACUGUAUGUUUCUCUCUGGCUGCAUCUGAAAUGGCACAAUAUUCACUACUUGCUCUGGUCAAACGUAGUGCACUAUAUAGGGACUAGGGUGCCAUUUCCUCUGUUUCUGUGGGGCACUGUGAGUGCUGUAUCUCCUCUACACCAGCAUGCAUUUUAGUGUUGUUCAGGCCCAUUGUAUACUAUAAACACAGCUCACCCCAGUUCUCAUAGACAAGGACAAAGAGGCCUGCUUUUCAGUGACUUAACAUGCUUGUCUGAGAGGAAGAAUUAUGGAUAAAUAAGGAGAAGAUGGUCAGUAUUGUAGUGAUGUUAUGAAAGGCACAAGUGUAAGGUUUAGUAUGGAGGGUUUAGGGUGGAGAGUUUAGGACAUGUUCUCACACUGCCCAGUGGCCUUCCACUCCUACAAUACUUUAGUGUCUAAAUAGGAAUGAUAGCUUGGUAAUGUAGUAUCUUAAAUUCACAUCAGUACAUGUAGCACUCUGGCUUCAUCAAACAUUUGGUAUGGGAACCAAGUCACCAACCCUAGAGAAUCAGUCAAUUUGAAAAAUAUUGUUUGGAAGAGUAGGUCUUGUUUUUAUUUUAUUAUUGUGAAAUAUUUGGAUUAUUUUAUCUUGGCCAGGUGUGCUCAAAUUGGUAUUUUGUGACAAAGUGAAUCUUGAAUGUAUGAAAAAAAUCAUGCCUCCAAAAAGAGGCUUCUUAUUUUAUCUAGGUGACUUAGUUUUUGAAGUUCUGUUGGACUGAAAGGGGCUCAGUUUUCACUCUGGUGCCGCUUUUAACCACAGAUAUAUUUUAUUAUUUGUGUUUUGUGUGUGUGUGCGCGUGCGUGCGUGCGUGCGUGCAUGACUUAUGUUUGGCUACUGUUAUAAGACUGCUACAGUACUAAUAUAACCCUCUCCAGGGAAGCACACUAAGUGUUGGUGCAAUACUUAAACAAUUUUAACAGUAAAAAUGUUAACUUUUUCUUGUGACAUUCAGGUGUGCUUUGAAAGAGCAAAUAAGAGAUGAACAGAAGGGAGUUGAGAAGAGAAUUCUUAGUAUGUGAGGAUGGAGUAACUGAGAGAAUAUGUUGGUUUCCUUGGUUUUCAAAUUGAGAGUCCAUGGAAUUGAACUAAUGUUUUCAGAUGACACUUUUGACCCUAUUUGUGAUGCGGGCGUAUGCUCGGCAUGGUGUAGAUUCUUGAUUGCUUGAAACGCAUGAUCCCUCUCGUUGCAAGUUGCAUCACAUACUUACAAAGAUGCAAACACAAUUUCAGGAUGCCCUAAAAAGUGUCUACAAUACCUAACUGUCUAUAUGUCUCACUAAAGGUAAAUAUAUUGUACAGUGCGGCAUAAUAUUAUGUCUAAUUUGAUAUAUUUUCCUGUAGCAUAAAUCACGAGUGCUUGCAUUUUCUACAGAAGUGUGUUCUUCAUCGUUCCGUAGAAGACGUGUCAUAGUAGAGAAUAUCAUCCUGCCGUAGAAGACGUGUCGUAGUAGAGAAUAUCAUCCUGCCGUAGAAGACGUGUCGUAGUAGAGAAUAUCAUCCUGCCGUAGAAGACGUUUCGUAGUAGGGAAUAUGACAGUGAGUCAGAUUUGUUGAUGUCUCGCCAGCCUCUCUCUGAUACUGAGACUUAAUAUCAGUCUGUUGGCCAUGAGUCUGAAUUAAGAAACAUUCACAGAGAACAGGAGGCCUUCACUUAUUGUUUACGGGUGGUGUAGCCAUAGAAAUAUGAUGUUGGCCUGAUGGGCGCUGUCCCUUCUAGUGACUAUAUUUCUGAGUGUAGCGCCUAUUUUGGGCAGUGAUAAUCAUUGAGCAAAAUGCCUCUUAUCCCUUUUUGCCUUCUAACAUAAACCCACCUCCCCUCCCUCUCUGUGAACUAGAUACAGUGGGGCAAAAAAGUAUUUAGUCAGCCACCAAUUGUGCAAGUUCUCCCACUUAAAAAGAUGAGGGGCCUGUAAUUUUCAUCAUAGGUACACUUCAACUAUGACAGACAAAAUGAGAAGGAAAAUCAUAUUGUAGGAUUUUUAAUGAAUUUAUUUGCAAAUUAUGGUGGAAAAUUAGUCGUCCUGGUCCCUUUGCAGAAAAACAGCCCCAAAGCAUGAUGUUUCCACCCCCAUGCUUCACAGUAGGUAUGGUGUUCUUUGGAUGCAACUCAGCAUUCUUUGUCCUCCAAACACGACGAGUUGAGUUUUUACCAAAAAGUUCUAUUUUGGUUUCAUCUGACCAUAUGACAUUCUCCCAAUCUUCUUCUGGAUCAUCCAAAUGCUCUCUAGCAAACUUCAGACGGGCCUGGACAUGUACUGGCUUAAGCAGGGGGACACGUCUGGCACUGCAGGAUUUGAGUCCCUGGCGGCAUAGUGUGUUACUGGUGGUAGGCUUUGUUACUUUGGUCCCAGCUCUCUGCAGGUCAUUCACUAGGUCCCCCCGUGUGGUUCUGGGAUUUUUGCUCACCGUUCUUGUGAUCAUUUUGACACUACGGGGUGAGAUCUUGCAUGGAGCCCCAGAUCGAGGGAGAUUAUCAGUGGUCUUGUAUGUCUUCCAUUUCCUAAUAAUUGCUCCCACAGUUGAUUUCUUCAAACCAAGCUGCUUACCUAUUGCAGAUUCAGUCUUCCCAGCCUGGUGCAGGUCUACAAUUUUGUUUCUGGUGUCCUUUGACAGCUCUUUGGUCUUGGCCAUAGUGGAGUUUGGAGUGUGACUGUUUGAGGUUGUGGACAAGUGUCUUUUAUACUGAUAACAAGUUCAAACAGGUGCCAUUAAUAGAGGUAAUGAGUGAAGGACAGAGGAGCCUCUUAAAGAAGAAGUUACAAGUCUUUGAGAGACAGAAAUCUUGCUUAUUUGUAGGUGACCAAAUACUUAUUUUCCACCAUAAUUUGCAAAUAAAUUCAUUAAAAAUCCUACAAUGUGAUUUUCUGGAUUUUUCUUUCUCAUUUUGUCUGUCAUAGUUGAAGUGUACCUAUGAUAAAAAUUACAGGCCUCUCUCAUAUGUUUAAGUGUGAGAACUUGCACAAUUGGUGGCUGACUAAAUACUUUUUUGCCCCACUGUAUUUUCUCACGUCUCAUCUCCAACCUGGGCUGCAGAAGCUUUAUAGUCGUCAUCUCAACUUUUUAAGGGAGAUUUUUUAUUACAACAUUGUUUAUUUUAAUGGGGAGCUGUGUGACUUGGUUUUGUAAUGUGGUGGUUGGGUUAUUGAGGUGUUGGAUAAUGUUGGAGCAAGUUACUUAAGUGGUUGUUCAUAGCUUCCUUUGUCUCUCUACCAUGUCAUGUGUGUGGUUUAGUUUAUCAUUAUGCUUAUUGUGUUGUCUUUUAAACUGAUGAAAAGUAAUUAAAGGAGAGGUUGAAGCCCAAGAAAUAGGAUGCAGUAGCAUCUGAGGCCUGUUUUGCCACCAUUGACCUUCAUUUGAUGGAAUAUAUGUUUUGUGUUUUCUAUUCAUAUAUUUUUUUUUUAAGAAAGGGAUCUGAAAAUGUAUGUUGGUAUAGGACCGGUCUGUUGGGUUUCUGUUAAUUUGCCCUCUGAAAUGAAUUACAAUUGGUUUUAUUUUAAAUUUGUAAAGCAUGUUUUCUACUUUACUCUCUCAAAGGAUAUUUGCUACUUAGCAUUGUUGGUGAAAAAUCAGUGUAUGGUUCUGUGAUUCCUGGUAUUUUUAUGAUGAUACAGUACAACCUCUCACAUGCAGCAUUUGUUGUCUGAUAAUCCUUCCUUCUAGAAUACCCCACUGACUGUGUAUGUUUAAAGAUAUUGCUUUGUUCUGUUGACAUACUCUACCACUAUCGUGUGAGUGGAGAGAGCAUUUUUUAUUUUUUAACUCUGAACAUUAUUUUUGCACACAUGUAGCCUUGUGCUAUUGUCGCCACUAUAAUAGAGUGAAAAUACAAUGUCUUAUGUUUCAUUCUGUAUGAGUUGUGUAUGGGGUGAGAUUGACUACAUUCACUGAAUUCUUAUCUAUUUUAAAGUAACUGCCCAGAUGUUCCAGAUUUCUAUAAUUACUUACAAUAUGAGUGAAGUGGAUUUCCUUCCAAUUAUUAUUUUUAAAUUACCUUAAAAAUCUGCUUUCCUGUGUCGGAAUGAUGUGGGUGUAUAACAACAACAAAAUGGUGUGGGCGUAUACCGGUCAAAAAUAUUCUUGCAAGUCGACCGCUGGUAUGCCAGCUCAGCCUCCUCUAGACCUCUGAUUGGCCAGCUCAUCCUCAGGGAGAUGACAUGUUAUAUGAGGAAAUAGCAAGCAUUUUUGAAAAGGUCUGUUUGAGAUCGUUUGAGGUGGGGUUGUGUUUUGUUUCUCCAAUGUAUGCUCUGGCCACAAACGAGUAUAGGACGAGUCAACAUUAGUUGGAUACGAGUCUACUAAAUAUGAACUUUUAAGUGAGAUUUUCACUUGGCAGUUACUUUAAGAUGUUUUUCCCAAGUGCAAUAUUUAGAUGUGUGUUGUCACAAGCGUUCUAUUAUAAAGGCUAUCAUGGUUAACUAAAA